AUGGCCCCAUCUAGUGUGGUUGUGGUGGGGUCUAAAGUGUGGGUGGAAGAUGAUCAAGAAGCGUGGAUUGACGCGGAAGUUAUUGCCGUGGAGAAGAAGAAGGUCACAGUUGACGUGCGAGGAAAGCAGAUUGUGGUGCGUCUAAAGCACUGUUAUGCCAAGGACGAGGAGUCGGAUGGCGUUGAUGACAUGACUAAGCUCUCAUACCUUCAUGAGCCGGGCGUGCUUCACAACUUGUACCUUAGAUACAGCGUCGACGAGAUUUAUACAUACACGGGUAGCAUUCUGAUUGCCAUCAAUCCAUUUCGCAGUCUACCGCACCUUUACGACGAGCAAAUGAUGGAGCAGUACAAAGGAACAAGACUGGGAGAGCUGUCGCCGCACGUCUUUGCCAUCGCCGAAACUGCGUACAGAACGAUGAGCGACUAUGGCAAUAGCCAGUCGAUUCUAGUGAGCGGAGAGAGUGGGGCGGGAAAGACGGAGACGACGAAGCUCAUCAUGCAGUACUUGGCGUAUAUGGGAGGUCGCGCCAAUUCUGACGGCCGAACUAUUGAGUCGCAAGUGCUUGAAUCUAACCCUCUUCUUGAGGCCUUCGGAAACGCCAAGACUUCGCGAAAUAACAACUCCAGUCGUUUUGGUAAAUUCGUGGAGAUCCAGUUCGACAGGGCGGGGCGCAUAUCAGGAGCUGCAGUGCGCACGUACCUUCUGGAGAGGUCCCGUGUGGUGCAGAUAUCGGACCCCGAGCGCAACUACCACGCCUUUUACCAGCUAUGUGCGGGAGCUUCGGACGAGGAGCGGGAGCGGCUGAAGCUGGCACCAGCAGAGACCUUCCACUACCUAAACCAGAGCAACUGCUACGAGAUCCCUGGCAAGAACAGCAACGCCGAGGAGUAUCAUAACACAAGGCGGGCUAUGGAGGUCGUGGGGCUGACGAUUGAGGAGCAGGAAGCGAUUUUUCGCGUGGUUGCAGCGAUUUUGCAUCUAGGAAAUAUCACUUUCACCAAUGGUAAAGCCGCGGAUUCGUCCAAGUUGCAUGGGGACAAGGCGAAGUUUCACCUGGAGGCAGUAGCGGAGCUGCUGCGGGUGGAGAAGAAGAAGCUGAGGGAAUCUCUGCUGACGCGUACGCUAGUGACCAGGGACGGAAACAUCAAGAGGGACCUGGAUCCCGAGGCAGCUGUGGUCAGCAGAGACACUCUCGCCAAGACUGUCUACUCGCGGCUCUUUGACUGGCUGGUCGACAAGGUCAACAAGUCCAUUGGCCAAGACCCAGCCUGUGCAUCCAUCAUUGGAGUGCUAGAUAUCUACGGAUUUGAGAGCUUCCAGACCAACAGUUUUGAGCAGUUCUGUAUCAAUCUGGCCAAUGAGAAGCUUCAACAACACUUCAACCAGCACGUGUUCAAGGCUGAGCAAGACGAGUAUGAGAGGGAAGAGAUUGACUGGAGUUAUAUCGAGUUUGUUGACAACAAGGACGUGCUGGAGCUCAUUGAGAAGAAACCCAUGGGUAUCAUCGCCCUUCUGGACGAGCAAUGCAUGUUCCCUAAGUCCAGCGCAGAGACCUUCGCCACGAAGCUGUACCAGACAUGUGGUGCGCAUACCCGGUUUGAGAAGCCCAAGCUCUCACAGACAGACUUCACGAUUGACCAUUAUGCCGGAAAGGUGACGUACCAGACGGAGCUGUUUCUGGACAAGAACAAGGACUACGUGGUGAUGGAGCACCAGGAGCUGAUGAGCAACUCCAAGUGCUCCUUCGUGUCAGGCCUCUUCCCGGUGGGCGAGGGCGAGAACGUGAAGACCAAGUUCACGUCGCUGGGGUCCAGCUUCAAGCAGCAGCUGGCGGAGCUCAUGAGCACGCUCAGCACCACGGAGCCGCACUACGUGCGCUGUGUGAAGCCCAACGCGCAGAACAAGCCGGGCGUGUUUGAGAACCACAACGUGCUGCAGCAGCUCAGAUGCGGAGGAGUGCUGGAGGCCAUUCGUAUCAGCUGUGCAGGCUUCCCCACACGCCGUACCUUUGAAGAGUUCCUGGAUCGCUUUGCCAUGCUGGUCCCUGACCUGGAGUAUGAUGGGAGUGACAUCAAGAUGACAGCGAAGCAGCUGCUGGAGAAGCUGGGGCUGACGGGGUUCCAGGUGGGCAAGAGCAAGGUCUUUCUGCGAGCAGGGCAGAUGGCGGACCUUGAUGCGAUGCGGGCCAACAAGCUGCACUCCGCUGUGCGCGUCAUCCAGCGCUGCGUCCGCACGUGGCUCGCGCGCCGGCAGUUUGUCGCGCUCCGCAAGGCCGCCAUUCGCAUGCAGGCGCGGUGCCGAGGCAAUGCAGCAAGACGCGAGUACCAAAGGCUACGCAGGGAGCGAGCAGCGCUGGUCAUUCAGACGCGGUACAGAGGGCACAGGACGCGGGUGCACUACAAGCGCCAGCUCAAGGCUGCUGUCACCAUCCAGUCUGCCGCCCGCGGCAUGUUUGCUCGACGCGAGGCGUCCUCUCGCAGGCGCAACCUCGCUGCCAGGAAAAUCCAGACGUACUUCCGGCGGCACAAGGCGCAGUCGGAGUAUAAACGCAUCAAGCGCAGUGCCCUGGUCAUGCAGAGCAUGUGGAGGGGCAGGGCGGGCCGUCUUGAGCUCAAGAAGCUCAAGCACGACGCGAAGCAGACGGGAGCGCUGCAGGCGGCCAAGUCGCGGCUGGAGAAGCAGCUGGAGGAGCUGACCUGGCGGCUGCAGCUGGAGAAGAGAAUGCGGUCCGACCUGGAGGAGUCCAAGGCCCAGGAGGUGACCAAGCUGCAGCAGGAGGUGGAUCGUCUCACAGCAGAGCUGCAAGCAGCCAAGGACGAGAUUCAGUCCCUGCAUCAACGGAUGGCAGCUGGCGGAGGUGGGGGUGGAGGGGCAGAGAGCAACGAGCCUGUGAUCAAGACGGUGGUGCGGGAAGUUGUGAAGGUGGUUGAAGUGCAAGUGCCUGCAGGGACAGUGACUGCAGCUGGGGCUGAGAAGCCAGAGGGUGCUCCUGCUGCCACUGCUACUGCCGCCGCUGCUGCUGGAGUGGUGACUACUGUUGCUGGCGGAGGCGAUUCUGCUGCCACUGCUGCUGUCCCUGCUGCUGCUGCUGCUGCUGCUGCUGGUGCAGCUGUGGUCAUCAUAAGCACUGGGGCGUCGGGUCAGUCCGCAGAGGGGCUGGAGAACGAGAAGCUCAAGGCAGCUCUGGAUAUGUCGGACUCGCGAGUGGCAGCCAUGGAGGAGAUGAUAGUGCACAAGGACGGGAAGCUGCAGGCGCUGGAGUCGGAGCUGGAGAAGAUGAAGGUGGAGCUGCAGCGCAUGGAGGACCAGUUCCGCAGCAUGGACAGGGAGAACCAGGUGCUCCGGCGCCAGUCGCUCUCUGUGGCUACUGCUGCGCAGACCACGCCGCAGCGGGCUCCUGCUGCUGGGCGGCUGUCUGCGCUGUUUGGGUCGGCAAUGACACCGUCCACGCCCAGUGGGCAUGACAUGACGCCGGGCACGCCUGGCAGCGCCGCGGCUUCUGCUGCUGCUGCUCGUGGGGCCACGCAGGAGGCGGAGGUGAAGAGGCAGCAGAUUCUGGCUGAGAGGCAGCAGGCGGAUCAGGACACAGUGCUGAAGCUGCUGCUGACAGACCUUGGCUUUGACAACAACCGGCCCGUGGCAGCAUGCAUGCUGUACCGCGCUCUCGUGCACUGGCGCUCCUUUGACGCGGAGCAGACCAACGUGUUUGACAAGAUCAUCCAGACCAUGAGCUCCGCCAUUGAAAACCACGACCCUGCUCUUGCUCCCGCUGCGGGCGCCAGUGCUGGUGCUGCUUCGCCGCUGCCGGCGGCGGCAGGAAGUGGAGGGGCGGCAGGGGGUGCGGCAGGGAAUGCUGCGAGGCUGUCGUAUUGGCUGGCGGUCGCGUCGUCGCUGCUGCACCUGCUGCACCGGUCGUUCCGGCCUGGAGCUGCGUCCGCGCUGCAGAUGCAUGCGCGCAGGAGGCAGCAGCCUGUGUCGCUGUUCGGCCGCAUGACCCAGACAUUCCGUGGGCCUGUAACGCUGUCACCGGACGAGACAACAGCAGCCGAGGCAGAUGGGCUGCACCUGGUGGACCCCAAGUUCCCCGCACUGCUCUUCAAGCAGCAGCUCACGGCGUAUGUGGAGAAGGUCUACUCGUGCAUCCGAGACAACCUCAAGAAGGACAUCUCUCAGAUGCUCGUUGCCUGCAUACAGGCCUCUCGCUCCUUCCGCACGCCCAUGGCGCCACGUCAGCAGCACCGCUCGUCGCCUGACGGGGUGCGGGUGGCGGCACAGAACCAGGCGGCAUCAGUGGCAGCAGCGGUGGCGCAGUGGGGCGGCAUCAUAGCGCGGCUCACGGACCUGCUCAACACACUCAAGGCCAACCACGUGCCUGCCUUCCUCGUGCGCAGCCUCUUCACUCAGAUCUUUGCCUACAUCAACGUGCAGCUCUUCAACAGUCUGCUGCUGCGUCGUGAGUGCUGCUCGUUCAGCAAUGGCGAGUACGUGAAGGAGGGCCUGGCAGAGCUGGAGCGCUGGAUCAUCGAAGCCACGGAGGACUAUGCAGGCAGCGCGUGGGAGGAGCUCAGGUUCAUUCGCCAGGCUGUUGGCUUCCUGGUGAUCCAUCAGAAGCCCAAGAAGUCACUGGAGGACAUCACCAACGACCUGUGCCCGGCGCUGAGCAUGCAGCAGCUGUACCGCAUCAGCACCAUGUACCGCGACGACAAGUACGGCACGCACUCCGUGGCGCCUGCAGUCGUGAACGCCAUGCGGUUCAAGAGCACGGAGGAGUCGGCUCAGAAUGGCACCAACUCGUUCCUGCUCGACGACGACUCCUCUGUCCCAUUCGCCGUGGAUGACAUAUGCAAGGAGCUCCCCAGCAUCUCACUCACCCAGCUUUCCCUGCCUCCCCACGUCCGAGACUCGGAGCCUCUACCUCUCUCUGCUCACUCAACCACCUGCACAUCCACGCCCAGAGUCUUCUUCCCCGUUCCACCACUUUCUCUCGAAGUCAUUCUGUGUCUCGCACCUUUCCCUUCCCUAGCCUCCUGGCUCACUUUCAAGAUCGCCCGCCUACGUCAGGUGGAAGUCUACACCGCUCCGCCGCCAAUCCCCGAGGUGUAUGUCACGGAGGUGGCGGAGGUCGACCGGGAGGCCGUGCGCGCGGUGUUCGCGGCGCUGCCCGAGGGAAUUUUAUUCGCGCACGACGGCAGGUCACCGCCGCUCAAGAUUCUAGACGAACACGGCAAUGUCAAUGUCACGUGCUGCUGCGUUAGGCCCACGCCCACGCCGGACGAGUCGUCGUGGUCCCACAUCUCGUGCCCGCUCGAGUGCACGCCCGCCGGCCGCAUCACGCGCAUCUUCUCCGACCUGAGCCUCGAGGACAUGCCCGGGAUUGGCGGGAGCGGAGGGAGCUGUCCGCCCGGCGCGCUGUCGCCUGCCAUUGGCGAUCUCGCGGAGCUCUCGUCGCUGGUCUUCCGCCACUCGUGCCUCGCCGGCGACUUGCCGGACUCCGUCACGCGCCUCCGGAAGCUGACCGAAAUCGCCAUGCCCGAUAACAACUUCUCCGGGCCCAUUCCGCCAGGCCUUUUCCGCCUGCCCGCGCUCCGCUACGUGGACCUGAGCACACUCAAUGCAUACCUGGACGACAGAGGCACACUCACUAGACCGGAAAGACUAGUCGGCCUGUCUGGGUCCCUUCCCGACGGGCCCGACGCGUACACCCCGUCGCUGGAGGAGGUAUUCCUGUACGGCAACGCGCUCUCGGGGGAGCUUCCGCGCGCCCUUCUCCGCGCGCCCGCGCUGCGCUGGUUAGACCUGCAGAGCAACAACAUCACGGGGGAACUCCCGGGGGAGGCGGGCGCGUAUUCGCGGAGCAUUACCGGGCUCAUCCUGCGCAACAACAGCCUGUCCGGCGCCAUUCCGGUCGCGCUGGCGGAGAUGACUGCGCUGCGGAAACUCGACCUGGGGAAGAACCGCCUAUCCGGCGCAGUGCCCGCGGCGCUGCGCGACUCCGAGUCGCUCAAGGCGCUCGAGGAUGUGCUGCUCGACAGCAACGCGCUCACCGGGCCGUUCUGCGACGCGCUGCUGCCGGCGAGCAAGCUCUGGCUGGGCUUCAACGACCUGGGCAGCGCGACUCGCGCCGGCAGCAGCGCCAGCGCGAGCGGCGGCGGCGGAGGUGAGGAGAAGGAGGAUGAGGGCUCUCUGCACGGCUGCGUGUUUCCCGCGAAGCUAGAGCUACUCAGCGCGCCGCACGCAGGGCUGCGGGGGAGCGUUCCGCCCGACCUUUUCCUCGAGACGAACGCACAGUCGGGGCACAAGACCUCCAUUGUUACGAUUAUGGGCAUGGAUCUGAGCCGCAACAGCCUCUCGGGUAGCCUGAAAGCUUUUACGGUGAUUCCUGAUGUGUGGUCCAAGUUGGAUCUGUCGCACAACAACUUCUCGGGCGGUAUUCCCGAGGCGUUUUUCAGCGGCCGCUUCUCGUGCGUGGACCUGCGGUUUAACGAGCUGUCGGGGCCGCUGUUUGACACGCGCCGGGAGGAUUGGAGUUACGACUGGGACAGGCUGCGCGUGAGCGACAACAGCGCGCGCAUGGCGGGCGCCGUGGGCGCGGGGUACCUCCCCGCGCCGGCGCCUGGUGUGCAGGCGUCCGCUGCGGAGACUGAGGUGCUGCUGGCCGUGCGCGAUGCGCUCCUGGGGGAAGCAGCAGGGGAGGCAGCGGGGGGAAUAGCGGAAGAAACAGCCGGGGGAACGGCGUUCGCGGACGGCGGAAAUGGCUCGUGGGCGGAGAUACUGCGCAGCUGGGACGCGAGCAGCAGCAGCGCGUGUGCGUGGUAUGGCGUGGGGUGCACAGCAGACGGACACGUGGACACUCUACACCUGAUAGGCGCUUCCAACGUCACCCUACACCCCAACUUCGUCCCGGAAUCGCCCGAAUGUGAAUACGACGAGUUCGGUGGCAAGUCAUGUGCGCCUGACUUUCCUCCCCCCCAAGUGCGGCUCUUUCUGCACAGCCUGCACGGCGGCAGCGCUAGCGCCGGCCGUGCGAGUGCGAGCGGCAGCCUGUCGGAGGCGUUGGGGCAGCUGACGCACCUCACCUCGCUACGCAUCUCCGGGCACGUUCUCUCCGGCGGCCUGCCACCGUCCCUCUCACGCCUCUCUCACCUCGUCGCUCUCGACCUCUCCUCCAACCGCCACCUCUCCGGCUCCAUCCCCCCCGCCCUCUUCGCCCUCCCCUCGCUGCGAGAGCUCUCCCUCCGUGGGAACAACCUCACGGGAGAGGUCCUCCCAUCCACCACUGCAGCAGCAGCAGAAGUAGCGCCGCUGUCAGCGAGCUUGGAGAGUCUAGACGUGGGGGAGAAUUCUCUCUUGGGGUCCAUUCCAGCUGACGUGAGUCUUCUGACAGGGAUGACGCGCCUGGCGCUGGACCAGAACCGGCUGGACGGCAGCUUGCCAAGGGAGCUCGGCGCGCUCUGGAUGCUCACAGACCUGCAGCUGCAGGGGAACGCCCUCCAGGGGGACGUCUCUGCACUCGCUGCCGCCUUCCCCCCCCCUGCUGCUGCUGCUGCUGCUGCUGCUGCUGCUGCUGCUGCUGACAACUCUGCUGCCUCCAGUGCUCCUGUCCUGUGGGGCCUCCUUGGGUUGUUCCCGCUGCUGACCCGUCUGGACGCCCUGCAGGGCGAUAUCGCUGCACUCGCUGCCGCCCUCCCCCCCCCAGCUGCUGCUGCUGCUGACGCUGGCAGUUCUGCCGACCCUACUGCCUCCAGUGCGCCUGUCCUGUGGGGUCUCCGCGGGGUGUUCCCGCUGCUGACCCGUCUGGACGUCAGCAGCAACCAGCUCUCGGGCGACACAGCCGCGCUCUUCCCUCUCCCACAAUACUUACACACACUCAACGUCUCGCACAACCGCCUCACGUGGAGCCCCGGCAACAACGCCUUCUGGAGCGCGGACUACAUGGACCUCUCACACAACCGCAUCAGCGCCCCCCUGCAACGCUUAUUCCGGUCCAAGGACAACCUCCAGUCGACGGUGCUGCGUCUGUCGCACAACCUGCUCACGGGUUCGAUUCUUGCCAUGUUCAAUGAUGUAUACUCCUUGGAGACGCUCGACCUGUCAUACAACCAGCUGUCCGGCACCAUUCCCGACCUGGGUCGCUCGCUGAUAACAUGUGACUUGUCUCACAACCGGCUCACCGGGAACGUCCCACCAGCACCGCCUGCAAUGGAGCAUCUGAAUGUGAGCUGGAAUCAGCUUGGUGGGAUUGUCCGGUGGCAUGGUCCGGAGGGCAGGGGGUUGAAGAGUCUGGACGCGUCUCACAAUGCCAUGGCAGGAAAUCUGCCAGCUUUGGGUAACAGUGAUGCGGUAAUGAGCCUGACCUAUCUGGACCUCUCCUACAAUGCGUUUACUGGCACUCUUGCGCAAAGGACCUACCCCUUUUUGGAGCAAGUGACAGGCUCUCCACACUUUCUAGAGAGUGGGUGCGGGGUAGAGGUUCGGCUGCACCACAAUAACCUCACUGGAAGCAUGCCUAGUUUUGUCUUCUCCUCGUGCCUCUCGCUGCUCGACCUCUCCCACAACCAGCUCUCUGGCCCCAUCCCAGAUCCUUCCCAAGGGAACAGCCAGAGCUCCUCCCUCGUCCCCCUCUCCUACUUGGACCUCUCUUCCAAUAAGCUCACAGGAAGCAUCUCCAAUGCUCUUGUCACCGGCCUCACAGCCCUAUCCCACUUGGAUCUCUCCAACAACCUGCUCUCUGGCUCGCUCCCUUCAUCCCUCUCGCGCUUCACCGCUCUGCACUCCUUGCUAGCUGCGCGCAACCGAAUUAGCGGCAGCAUCCCUGCAGGGCUGGCAUCGCUGACGGCCCUGCAGGAGCUGGAUGUGUCGUGGAGCGGGCUGUCAGGCACCAUCCCUGCGCUGCUGCGUGCUGCUGCCCCCUCCCUGCAAGUGCACCUCGCUGGCAACGCCCUCUCUGGCUCCGUCCCCCCCUCUCUCUCCGACCUGCCCACCUCCUGCUUCCGCCCCGGCAACCCCAAGCUCUGUGGGAAGCCCCUGCCUGACUGCAAGAAGCGCUCCUCCAAGCCCAGGAAGGGCCGGGUGUAG